AGCUCCUGUGAGCAACGAACAGUACCGGCUUAUGCUUGACUGCAGAGACUUUAAAAGUGACUGUGGAAGGGCUUGGCAGAGCGGGUCGGAGACUCAGUCAGGGAUCUAAUCUAUUUGAUGCUGCGAUCCUGUAGGAGGAACCGAAUGCUUAGCAUCGACUUGUUCCCUUUAAGCUACUCCUCACUUGUUACACGGCCUGGCCUCAUCCGCUGGCAUAUCUUCGGGGUUGCAUCUUUGAAGAUAGGCAGCAGCCGUUGGCCCGAGUCGCAUUGACUAACUGUCGGCCAUCACAUCACCACUUACUAAGAUCCAGACUUGCAAUUCUGAUCUGCAACCUCCCAGCAUUGGAUUGAGCGCUGCUCACAUGUUCACUCCGCAACACAAUCAAUGCAAUGAACACCUUGCGAGCUCGUCUCUUUACUCCCGCUCGACAGGAUGAACACCACCGCCACCACCCGGCCGCGUCUCCUGAGCAUGGGAUCUACAUACUCCGAGUUCGACGAAGAGCCCAGCAGUAAAGCAGCGCCUUUACUUUCGCGUCCCACGCUGCGACGCAUCCUCCGCAUCUCCGCUUUCUUGUCACUUUUCUUUCUGGUUGUCUAUACCCUCCGCAACCACUUUCGCUCACCAUCCGAUCCUAACAACACCACUAACAACGACGAUGACAUCAAGACUGAGAGUGAGAUUGACCAGCACCCGAAUGUCUCCCCCCUGUACCCCGCCACAAACCCCACCGACCUGCACAUCCACGACCCCAGCAUCAUCACGCUCCCGCACACCGAUUCCAAAGCUGACCCCGACCGAACGCAAACCUACUACGCCUACGGCUCGGGCCCGCACAUCCCCAUCCACACGGCGCCGUCCCUCUCAGGCCCAUGGACGCACGUCGGCAGCGUGCUAGACGCAGACAGCGUGCUCCCGAUCGGCGACCGCAAAGCGCCGUGGGCGCCGACGGUGGUCGCGCACAACGGCACGUACUACUGCUACUACGCGACGAGCCACAGCGGGUGUCGACGCAGCGCGAUCGGGGUAGCGACGUCGGCGCACCCGGGGCCCGGCGGGUGGACGGACCACGGGGUGAUUGUUCGAUCGGGGGUCGGGCCGGGGUCGGCGCUGUACCCGUUUGACCGGGCGAACGCGAUCGACGCCAGUGUUCUUGUUGCGUUGGGGCCGUCCGAAGAAGAAGAAGAAGAAGAAGAAGAAAAAAGUAGGCAACCCGCUCCCCGCAGAGCCGAGGAAGGAUCGCAAGCUGGACCGGACAACGACGACGCAACCCAAGACACGCAUCCCACAGACAACCCCCGAAAUCAACAAGCAUACCUCACCUUCGGCUCCUUCUGGACAGGCAUCUGGCAGAUCCCGCUGGCCGCGGACCUCCUGUCGACGACCUACACGGGUAACGCCGAGGUGCGGCACCUUGCGCACGAGCCGCGCGCCAUCCACGCGCCCAACCCGAAAUCUAACGGUAUCUGCGGUGAUCCGACGGGCUCGCAUCCCGUGGAAGGCGCGUUCAUCUCUUUCCGCAAGCCGUGGUAUUAUCUGUGGUUUAGUUGGGGGAAGUGUUGCGGGUUCAAGCCGGAGAGGUUGCCUAGGGAGGGUUUGGAGUAUAGUAUCCGCGUGGGACGAUCGCUGAGCCCGCGCGGCCCGUUUGUAGAUAGGCAGGGCCGCGACCUCGUGCAGGGCGGCGGCGAGAUCGUCUACAGGUCGAAUGCGGAGGUGUAUGCCCCUGGUGGGCAGGGGGUUUUGGUCGAUCUGCAGAGCGGCGUGGAGGUCGAUGUGCUUUAUUAUCAUUACCUAAAUCGGUCGGUGGGGUAUGAUUUCCAUGAGGCACGAUUGGGGUAUAACACCUUGACGUAUGUGGAUGGCUGGCCUGUUCCGGUGUAG